AUGGCGUUGGCGCUGGCCGUCGCGUUCUUGCUGCUUGUGCCACCGAUUUUCGCCCACGACAACAUUGGCAACAUCGACACGUCCGGCGUCGCGUACGCUGCGUAUGGGCCCAUCGAUGCCGUCUACACGUGGGUCAACGGGUCCGACGCCACGUGGCAGCAGUCCAAGAGUCACUGGCUGCAGCAUUGGCGUGGCCGCAACGCCACGAAAGACUUGGCCUCGGCGGAGAACCGGUUCCGAGACAACGACGAGCUUCGCUACUCGAUCCGGUCGCUCGAGACGUACGCGCCGUGGAUCCGGCGCAUUUUUCUCGUGACGGACGGUCAAGUGCCGCGGUGGCUCGACCUCUCGCACCCGCGCAUCACGGUCGUGCCACACGCUGACAUUUUUCCGAAUGCGUCCCACCUGCCGUCGUUUGCGUCGCCAGCGAUCGAGUCGCAUCUGGACAACAUCCCUGGGUUGGCCGAGUACUUUUUGUACUUUAACGACGAGGUGUUUUUGUCGGCGCCGGUGCUGCCGUCCGACUUUAUGAGUCCACGAGGAACUCAGAACUUGUUUUUCGCAUGGGACGCGCCCGAGUGCGCGCCUGGAUGCAAGCACGCGAUGCUCGGGAACGGUCAAUGCCACGCGAGCUGCAACGUUGCGAGUUGUGACUACGACCUUGGCGACUGCACGUGCGACCGAUCGGUGACGCCAUCGGCCAUGGUGCUGAGCACAUGGAGCGAUGUGUGCCUUGGUGACGCCGCCUACUCGCCAGACUCAGCGUGUGCGGCAGGCUGCAUUUGGAACCAACUUGGCGACGGUGUCUGCAACCCAAAGUGCAACUUGGUUGAGUGCGCGUUUGACGCCGGAGACUGCUUGCCGCAACGGUUGGCGCAACUGCCACACGCACGCGUCGCGCGCGAAGCUUUACCAACGCACUGUGUCGUUCUCUUGGACAACGCGACGCCAGCUCUCGUGCUCUACCAGACUGGUGGCAUGGCUCCCGUCACGGGUACUGGAAUCCGACGCGCGGUUGUGGUGCCUCGCCUUGAUGCGGUUGUCGUCUUCUUUGGAGACCCACUGCCAUCGGUGCUUCACCUCCACAUCGCUGCUGAUGGCGCGUCAAUGGAGCUUUCGACAUCCUCACACGGCGAGUCGAUGGCCAGUGGUCUUUGGUUCACUGAGAACAACCGCAGUUUUGGUGGCUUGGACUUGAGCCACGUCAACAUAACACGGAGCCAUGCGUCAGCUCACGUCCUCGUCCCGUGGUUCAUCUCGACGGCGGCCACCGUGACCAUCAGCGUCACAAAGGCCGGCGACACGAGCACCAUUACCUGCACAAAAGCAAGCGCUCCGGGCCGAGACUGUACGAUCUCGGCGUUGGGGCUGAGCCUACGACUCGACGUUGGUGACAUUGCCAAUGCCCGCGUUUGCAUUAACGCUGGUUUUGAAGGAUGCAUCAUCUUUGAUGCGGACGCGCAAGUGUGGCCGCUGCAGACGCCAGCCGUGACAGCUUCGAAUGCCCCAGCGUCGGCGCGCGAUUGUGCCUGCGGUCGCGGUCAGCGGCAACGCGUGGUACAAAAGUCCGACGUGAUUGCACACUGCGCCCAGCUUGGCAAAAAACUGGGCACCGGGCCCGACUCGUCCCAGCACUCGUCACAACUCGUCUCGAUGAUGUGUCGUAUGCAAUUCGGCGCCGAGACACCAGCGCCCACUAGCGACAACUGCGCAUCACGGCCGCCGCUAACGGAGCGAGUCGACUACGCAGACACCUUUGGUGACUCGUUGCGACACGUCAACGUUCUUUUCAACCGAGCAUUUGGGAAGCCCGUGCGAGCGCGGGGCGUGCCAUCGCACAUGCCGCACUUCAUCCAGAAGCGUCUGCUUACGGAGCUGAAGCGCCAGUGGUCCGCCGAGUUUGCAGCCACGUCAUCGCACCGCUUUCGGGAGCCCGAUGACAUGCAGUUUGGCUUUUCGUACAUGCACUACGUUCUGAACCGACGCCAGCUGCACCCAGCGUCGACGUUUCGCGAAGUGUUCAACUCGCUCAUUGACAUCAACCACAACGGAGUCGUCGAUACUAUCGAGAUGGAUGGAAUCGCACGGCUCCUUGGUGACUGGCAGCGCCCAGCGUCAGAGAUCGAGGCUGUCGUGGACUCUUGCAGGGGCAAUUCGACUGCACUCACUGCAGCCGGCUUGGAGCGGCACUGUCCGCUAUUGGCACUGCACCUCGCGCAUUUGUCACCGGGCAGCGUACCGCCGGCACACAAUAUUGUGGCGAACCCCCCGGUUGUCUUUGUGAUGAUAAAGGACCUUCGCAGCAUAACAAUGCUCCUCCAAGACAAGAAGCUGUCGACGGCCAAGUUCAUUUGCGUCAACGACGACAUGUCGACGCCUGCUCCGGCGGUUGUACAUCGACUCAAAGCGUUCUUUCAGGACCGUUGGGGCGUGCCGUCGAGCUUUGAGCUGGCGGAAGAUCGAGGCGAUGUGCCAGUUCACCGCCAGCAGCCGACGCUCGGUGUCAACUACUUGCAAGCGAGCCAGGCCUCUGUCGUCGUCACUGUUCCGGUGAGCCCGCCAAUUGAGAUUGUGCUGCACCAAGACAUGGCUGUUGGCGUCGGCGGUGUCUUUUGGAACUGCGGCCGGGCACUUGUACAAUUGAUGUGUCGCCACCCUGAGUAUGUGUGCAACUGCCGCGUUCUGGAGCUCGGCACUGGUACAGGCGGUGUCGGCCUCGCCGCCGCUCACUUGCGGCCUGCGACCUUGCUGCUCACCGACUUGGCAUCGAUCGUUCCGUUAACGCUUCGCAACACGGACGCUGCCGUCGCUGCGUCGGCAUCGGUGGAGAAACUGUGGUCGAAGCAAGCGCUCCGUGUCAGCGAGUACCAAUGGGGUACCAAGCCGCCUCCUGAUGGCCCGUGGGAUACGGUUCUAUGUGCGGACUGCCUCUACGAUGAAGACGUGUUUGACGACUUUGCGACGACGCUCCAUGACAUCGCCAAUCCCUCCACGGCGGUGCUUCUCGCGUAUAAGCAACGACUGCCAGACCGUGAAAUGGCGCUGCUGAAACGCUUGGCUGAGACGUUUGAUAUUGCAGUCUACACGAACGACGACAAUCUUCCGUGGAACUUUGGAAAUGAUAUGGUCUAUGUAUUGGUGCUGCGUCGUCGCCUCAAGGCGUUGGAGUAA